AUGGAUCGCCGUAAGCGUGCUUCUCUAGCGUGUAACCAUUGUCGAAAGCGGAAACGCCGCUGCAAUGGUGGGAUCCCUUCCUGUGGCCUUUGCGAGGACUCAGGCGUGGAGUGCAUCUACAAUGAAGUUGAGUCCUCGAGGUCAAGAGGAGAAACCUCCUCAUCAGAAUUCUUUGGACGUCUCGAUGCAAUUGAGAAUUUCUUGUGGAAUCAGUCUCGUCUCCCUGCGACACCCCAAACUGGCGAAGCAAGAAACAAUGGCUUCACUUUUCCCUCGGCGACUUCCGAAAAUGAUCAGAAUGAUUUUUCUCAACCUUCACUGAUGAUUUCUUCCCCAUCAAGGCCGAAUCCCGAUAUUUCUCGACUUAUCGGUACUAAUCAGCCUUCCUUUAUGCCACCCGAACAUGAUAUUCCACCCAUGAGUAUCCCUAUUGGCCACACAACGACAACAGAGUACAUGCUGCAUAUGAACAAAAUGAAGGUUCUGUUCGGAGAAUUCCCACCAGACCUGUUCAUACGCGCGGAGUCAAACCGACAGAUCCCAUACCAAUUAUCCUUUGUCCCGGGUACAAUUACUGAGAGCCAGUUGCCAGCACUGGAUGAAUUGAGCUCUUACCCACUGGUGGAAGCAUACUUCAGACACGUGCACGUUGAAAUGCCAAUUCUUGACAAGCCACAAUUCUUGGAGAUUUAUCACCACCAUGUUCGGGCUGGGCUCAAGGUUGAUUGCGAUUCUGCAUUGUGUCUUGCAAUACUCGCUUUAGGAUCUGCAGCUCUCGAACAGGUGGAUCCGACAAAGUCCAGGUCUCCUCACUGGGUACCAGGGGCAGAUUAUAUCUCACCUGCGCUGCAGAUAUUGAUGAAUGAGUACUUGCUGUCAUUCUGUCCAACCAUAACUCUUCCUCAGAGCUUGAUACUCGUUUCAAAAUACUUCGGGUUUCUUUUACGCCCUUUGCAAUCAUGGAAGUUGAUUCAUAUGGCUUCUACCAGUAUUCAAUAUCUCAAUAGCCGAAGUCAGGCUUCACCAGAUAACCUUGGGCUCAAGUCUAGCAUCAUUUUACUGUCCUGGGCGGCAUUCGACACCGAGUGCGAUCUGAUAGCAGAACAUCACUUACCACGCAGUGGCAUUGAACAUGUCAUUGAUCUGACCCCCUUCCCAAGUUUUGCAAACCACGAGGCCGAAGAGACACAUCUUUUCCUUGCCGAACUUUCAGUACGCCGCCUGCUAAACAGAGUACACCACACUAUGUACGGAAGUGACUGGACGAGGCGUAGUCUCGGUCUUCAACCUGCAUCAAGUGACAGUCCUUCAUAUGACUUCCAGUCCUUAUCCAACAUCCUAAAUGUCUCUCAAGAACUUGACCGCCAACUCAGUAACUGGUUUGAACUAUUGCCGCGAAAUAUUAAACCAGACAUGAAUGAUCCGUCGCGGUGCAGUGGUCUUCAGCUUAAUAUGCUCCACCGCUUCCAUUCCGCCAAAGAUAUUAUCACAAGACCAUUCCUCCUCUGUGCUAUUGAUUCAUCACCAGAGAAUGACCUUCCCCCCAUGAAUGUUUUCUUCCGUAGUUCUCCUCACACUGGGUUCUCUCUCACCGGCUUUGGCGCACCUAGUCCCUGA